AAGUGCAAGUCCAAUUUAGAAGUUAUACAGAAGUAAGUCCAUCAUUGAAAGCUUUCAGAGAUAUUCAAGUCUGUUGAUUCUUUGUGUGUUUUCUAAUAGUUGAACUUCUUUGCUAUUACAAGUAUAUGAGACGGAACAGAUAUGCAUAUAUAUAUUCGUUUAUUUAAAGGCAAUCUCAACUUGUAAGUUGCGGAAGGAUACACGUCUUGAUUCCAGUGAAUCUAAGCGCCGUACGUUAAGUUUAAGAAAAUAGACACUGAGGUGCUUAGAGGAAAACGGAACUGUAAGAUAUGGUGUACAAUCGGUAAUUUAUUUGUGUGUGUACGAUAACGGAUUUUACCUCUUUAUGAUACAGUGGAUAUAUUAAUUCGUUUAUGAAUGAAGAAUAAACGGAAUUAUUAACUUUGUGAACACGUUAGUAUACAGAGAAUGCGGUGCCGAAAUUCGGUCUGGAUUCUGACUUUCGUCCUCUUGGCUACUUUCGGGCCCGCCUUCGUCAGAGGUUUGGUGUCAUGUUCACCUAAUCCUUGCAAAAAUGGUGCGUCGUGUGUCCACAACCACAGUGGAGAGUCUUUUUGCAGUUGCCCACCUAUGUACGUUGGUGAAUACUGUCAACAUUUAAAUCCAUGUCACACCGGACCCGGUCCUCGAUGCCAGAAUGGUGGUACCUGUAACGUGGAGAUGAGUACCACUAGUGGGCCCAUCUUUUCGUGCACAUGUCCUGUAGGUUACUCGGCCUCUUUAUGCGAGAUUGCUGUUCCAAACAGUUGUGAUAGCGACCCAUGUCAGAACGGAGGGACUUGCACACUGAUUACGUUGAAUAAUUAUACUUGCACAUGCGCUACCGGAUAUAGAGGUAAACACUGUGAACUGGUCGACCACUGUGCUUCCCAGCCAUGCCGGAACAAUGCUCAGUGUGAAUCCCUGCGUGAUGGCUACCAUUGCACGUGCGCAAAAGGAUUUACUGGACAAACGUGCACUCAGGACAUCGAUGAGUGUCUCAAAGACCCUUGUGUUCACGGAGGAUGUAAGAACACUGUGGGGUCGUACAAAUGCACGUGCGACGUGGGGUACACUGGUCAGAACUGCGAGUCUCAGUACAUCCCCUGUGAUCCUAGUCCAUGUGAAAACGGUGGCUCAUGCAAAGCUGUAGAUAGCCUUAACUACCGCUGUACUUGUGCUCUGGGAUUUUCAGGGACCAAUUGUGAUUACAAUAUUGACGACUGUGCUGGUAAUCUGUGCCAAAACGGAGCUACUUGCAUCGACGGAGUGAAUAGAUACACUUGUCAGUGUCCUUCCACGUAUACUGGUCCUUACUGCAGUCAAGAUGUAGAUGAGUGUGCUUUAAGGCCUAGCGUUUGUAGAAAUGGAGCAACAUGCACCAAUACCAUUGGAGGUUAUUCCUGCAUUUGUGUAAACGGUUGGACAGGUCCAGAUUGCAGUGAAAACAUAGAUGACUGCGCAGGCGCAGCAUGUUUCAAUGGUGCCACCUGUCACGAUAGAGUUGGAUCAUUUUAUUGCCAAUGUGCACCCGGAAAAACAGGUCUGUUGUGUCAUUUGGAUGACGCAUGUGCCAGCAAUCCUUGUCAUGCUGGAGCUGAGUGCAACACCAACCCAACAGAUGGUACUUACCUUUGUACGUGUCCCAAUGGGUUUAAGGGCACUGACUGCACGGUAGAUGUGAACGAGUGCCAAGAAGGAUCGCCUUGCGAGCAUGGAGGAAUGUGUGUCAACACGCCAGGUUCUUUCAGCUGCAACUGCAGUAAGGGUUUUACAGGGCCCAGAUGUGAGAUUAACAUCAAUGAAUGUGAUUCUAAUCCCUGUCAAAACGAUGGCACCUGUUUGGACGAAAGAGGAGGUUUCCGUUGUGUGUGUAUGCCAGGCUACAGUGGAAUACACUGUGAAAUUGAUAUAGAUGAAUGCUUGCCAAAUCCAUGCUUGAAUGGAGCAAUCUGCAAUGACCUCAUCAACAGGUUCAAAUGUCUUUGUCAAGUGGGUUUUAUUGGAACAAAAUGCGAAAUAAACGUUGAUGAUUGUGUGAGCCAACCUUGUCAUCAUGGUGGAACUUGUCAUGAUGGAGUAGCGGGAUAUACCUGUGAUUGUCCACCUGGUUUUACAGGAUUUGCUUGUGAAACAAACAUCAACGACUGUCAGUCUUCCCCUUGUCAUUAUGGAGAGUGUAUUGAUGGUAUUGGAAGGUUCACAUGUAACUGUCAUAGAGGUUAUACAGGCAUACUGUGUCAGACCCAGAUUAAUGAGUGCAGUAGUAAUCCCUGCCAACAUGGUGGUCACUGUGAGGAUUUUAUUGAUGGAUACCAGUGUCGCUGUCGACCAGGCACAACAGGACCCAAUUGUGAGCACAACUUGAAUGAAUGCUUUAGCAAUCCCUGUCGUAAUGGUGCCUCGUGUGAAGAUGGAAUCAAUUCCUACAGAUGUAGAUGUCUUCCAGGAUUUACAGGAAUACACUGUGAAACCAAUAUUGAUGAAUGUGCUAGUAACCCAUGUGCUAAUGGUGGAAUAUGCACAGAUCUUACUAAUGGUUUCAAAUGUGAUUGUCCACGGGGAUAUUAUGAUGCUCGAUGCCUUUCUGAUGUUAAUGAAUGUGAGAGUAACCCAUGUUUGAAUGGAGGGACGUGUGAGGAUGAGGUUAACAAGUUUAUUUGUCACUGCCAAAAAGGAUAUAGAGGCUACAGAUGUGAAUUAAACAUUGAUGAAUGUCAGUCCAACCCCUGUCAACAUGGAGGCAGCUGUCAUGAUAAGCUUGCUUCUUACACAUGUUCAUGUGUGCCAGGCUAUACAGGAAAAAACUGUGAGAUUAACAUUGAUGACUGUGCUUCCAAACCAUGUCGAAACAGUGGGUCAUGCAUUGACUUAGUUAAUGAUUAUAAAUGUGUCUGUGAAGUGCCUUAUAGUGGUCCCAGUUGUGAAACUGAACUUGAUCCUUGUAGUCCAAACAAAUGUAAAAAUGAAGCAAAGUGCACACCAUCAUCAAAUUAUCUUGAUUUUGCUUGUACUUGUGAACUUGGGUACACAGGUCGCCUAUGUGAUGAAGAUAUUAAUGAAUGUGUCAUUUCGUCUCCCUGUCGUAAUGGAGCUACUUGUCUCAACUUAAAUGGGUCUUACUUGUGUAACUGUGCUAAGGGUUAUGAAGGCCGGGACUGUUUAAUUAAUACCAAUGAUUGUGCUUCAUAUCCAUGUCAGAAUGGAGGAUCAUGUCUGGAUGGUGUUGGGGAGUAUACAUGUGUUUGUGUGGAAGGAUUCGGAGGUAAAAAUUGUGAAAGUGACAUAGAUGAAUGUGCCAGUAAUCCUUGCCAGAAUGGGGCUACUUGUAAUGACUAUGUCAAUAGCUAUACAUGCACUUGUCUGCUGGGCUUUAGUGGUACAAACUGUCAGACCAAUGAUGAAGACUGCACAUCAAGCUCAUGUAUGAAUGGUGGAACCUGUAUCGAUGAAAUCAACACCUACACUUGUCACUGUUCAGUAGGCUACACUGGAUUCAACUGCCAGUUUCACAUUAAUGAAUGUGAUUCACAGCCUUGUUCCAAUGGAGCCACCUGUGUUGACCAUGUGGGUUUUUACACCUGUCACUGUCCCUUUGGAUUCACUGGGAUUCGUUGUGAGACUUUUGUUGAUUGGUGCAGCACCAAUCCAUGUAUGAAUGGUGCUACUUGCAAACAAAGCAAUAAUACAUACCGCUGUACAUGCAGUCCUGGUUGGACAGGAAUGUUGUGCGAUGUAUCUAUGGUGUCUUGUACAGUUGCUGCCUCACAAAAAGGUAUUGAAGUUUCAGACCUAUGUAAAAAUGGUGGCACGUGUGAGAAUAUCGGCAAUAGCCAUCAGUGUAUCUGUCCUGAGGGAUAUGAAGGAAGCUACUGUCAGCAUGAAAUUAAUGAAUGUGCUUCUCAACCGUGUCAGAACAAUGCAACAUGUAAUGAUUUAAUCGGACAGUAUACUUGUGCUUGCCAACCUGGUUUUCAAGGUGUGAAUUGUGAAUUUAACAUAGAUGAUUGUGACCCAAAUCCUUGUCUGUUUGGAGGUACUUGUCAUGAUUUAAUCAACAAAUUCAUGUGUUCCUGUCCUCAUGGCACUGUGGGAAUUCUUUGUGAAAUCAAUAUCAAUGAGUGUUUUGAAGGUGCCUGUCACCAUGGUGGUACAUGUAUAGAUGAAGUUGGACAUUAUGAAUGUAAAUGUCCACCAGGUUUUGUGGGACCAAGAUGUGAAGGUGAUGUCAAUGAGUGCCUUUCUAAUCCUUGUACAAGUCCUGGUACACAGGACUGUGUUCAGUUAAUCAAUGACUUCCGUUGUGAAUGUAAGCCUGGAUUUAUGGGUCGUCACUGUGAAACCAAAGUGAACUUUUGUGCUUCCAAUCCAUGUCUUAAUGGAGGAAUAUGUAGCAGUACACAGUCAGGUCAUACAUGUGUCUGCCCUGAGGGAUUCUGGGGUGAGAAUUGUGGUUUGACCAACACCACUUGUGUAAGUAACCCUUGUUUGAAUGGAGGUCAAUGUCGUCCAAGACGAGGAGGCUAUACUUGUUUAUGUCCUCGAGCCACAACUGGAAAACAUUGUGAAACAAUUAAUGAUGGUGAAUGUUUGUCACCUCUCUGUCAAAAGGAUGCUACUUCCAUUGAUAGAAUAGAUAAAGUGAAACAAUGUGAGCUGAACAGAUGUAAAAAGAAGGCUGGAGAUAGACACUGUGAUGAUGAGUGCAAUAGUUAUGCAUGCAAUUUUGAUGGUGGUGACUGUUCUUUAGGAAUUAAUCCAUGGAUUAACUGUACAGCAGCCAUUAGUUGUUGGGAUGUCUUUCGUAAUGGGGAGUGUAAUGCUGAGUGCAACAACUUGGAUUGUCUCUUUGAUGGUUUUGAUUGCACACAAGAACUACCAUCCUGCAAUGAACUGUAUGAUUCCUAUUGUCUUCGUAAUUAUGGGAAUGGUUACUGCGACUAUGGGUGCAACAAUGAAGAAUGUAAUUGGGAUGGACUUGAUUGUGAGACAGAUUCUCCACGUUUGGCUGAUGGAACUCUCAUUUUAAUUCUCUCAAUAGAUUUUGUGGAAUUCCAAAACAACUAUAAGCUAUUUGUAAGGGAUUUGGGUUAUGCCUUGAGAACAAAUGUCAAAAUUAAAACAGAUAAUAAGAGAAACCCAAUGAUCUAUCCAUUGCAACCCAAAGAUGGAGGAAACUCGAGCUCUUUUGACCCAAAAGCAUUUGUUGGAACUAAAGUGUAUGUGGAGAUUGACAAUCGACGAUGUGUUAGGACAUCCUAUAGUGAAUGUUUCCAGUCAGCCAAAGAGGCUGCAAAGUUUCUGGCUGCAUCCCAGUCAAGGAAUGUCUUGGAUACACCCUUCAAUAUCAAAGCUAUAAAGAGCUCAAUGGACAGUGAGUCCACAGAUACCAGCACUAAUAUAUAUCCUAACAUGACAUAUGUUGUUAUUGGUGUGAUUGUUAUCAUCUUGCUAGGACUGUUCAUUGGUGUUCUUGUAGCACAAAGGAAGCGUGCCAGUGGUAUAACAUGGUUUCCAGAAGGAUUCUUGAAAACCAGCUCAGGACAACAUCGCCAGUCCCGGAGAAGAGGCCCCGAUGGUCAGGAAAUGAGAAACCUACAAAAACAGGCAUCUGCCCAGAGAGUGGAUGUUGAUUCUAAUGCCAACAAUACAAUGCCUCCAGGCAUAUCAGGAUGGGGUGAUGACGACAUUGGGGAUCAGCCACCCAUGAAACGAAUGAAGAGUUUCCACUCGCCUGAUCCCAGUUAUGGGGAUUUACACAAUGAUGUGCCAGCCACAGAAUUUGAUGACACUGACCCACGAAGGUGGACACAACAGCAUCUGGAUGCAGCUGAUGUCAGAAAUCCUGAUGUUCUUGCACUCACCCCUCCUCAAGUAGAAGAACUAGAACCAGGGAAUGUAGAUGUUUGUGGGCCAGGUGGCCUCACACCACUGAUGUUAGCAUCAUUCCGUGGUGGUGUUCAAGAUUCUGUGGAUGAUGCUGAGGAAGAUGACACAUCAGCUAGCAUGAUUCAGGACUUGUUGUCACAAGGUGCCAAGAUCAACAUGGUCACUGAUCGUACAGGUGAAACAUCACUACAUCUUGCAGCCAGAUAUGCUCGUGCCGAUGCUGCCAAAAGACUUUUGGAUGCUGGUGCUGAUGCCAAUGUGCAGGAUAACACUGGACGAACGCCUUUACAUGCAGCAGUAGCUGCAGAUGCUCAAGGGGUUUUUCAGAUACUGCUGAGAAACAGGGCUACAAAUCUGAACUCUCGAAUGCAUGAUGGAACAACACCGCUCAUUCUAGCAGCUAGAUUAGCCAUCGAGGGGAUGGUUGAAGACUUAAUCAAUGCUGAAGCAGACAUUAAUGCUGCAGAUGAUUUAGGUAAAACUGCUCUUCAUUGGGCUGCAGCUGUCAACAAUGUAGAUGCUGUUCGUGUGUUGCUAACUCAUGGAGCCAAUAGGGAUGCUCAGGAUAAUAAAGAAGAGACUCCUUUAUUUCUGGCAGCUCGGGAAGGUGGCUACCAGGCAGCCAAGGUUCUUCUCGAGCAUUUUGCCAACCGGGACAUCACAGAUCAUAUGGAUCGUCUUCCCAAGGAUGUUGCUGUAGAACGUAUGCACAAUGAUAUUGUACAACUCCUCAAUGAUUAUGUCCCCCAGAGUCCUCAUAUGUCACACAUGUCAGUAGGAGGAACUGGUGGUGCAAACUCUCCUUCAAUGAUACCACCCCCAACUGUUCUUGGCUCUUCAAGAUCCAACAAGAAUAAGAAAAGGCCAAAGAUCAACAAUAUGAUGGGACUGACUUCCAUGAUGGAUGGCAGUGGUGGAAUUUCUCCUAAUAAUGAAGGAGCAAUUGGAAGAAAAUCAUCUGUAAAGAAACGCAAGGAACCUCCUCCCCUCGUUAUUCCUGGGAUUGAUGGUUCGAUAACUCUGUCUCCAGUAAACUCACUGGAGGCUCCACACACAGGAAGCUGUUUGGAUGGCACCCCAUCUCCUCAUGACACAUCUAUUUACAAUGCAUUGUCACACCCAAAUCUAGCAGGGAUGGAUGGAACGCGUAGUAUUCCUAACAAACAGCCUCCCCCCUACAAUGAAUGUGUAAAUAAUAGCUCCCAAUUGUAUGGACUGAUUGGAGGCAUAGAUCAAAAUGGACAAAUGUACAUGAAUAGGGGUAUUUAUCCAUACUUGCAGGCUAACAGUCAGAAUGUAAAACCACAACAUUCUAGACAGAAUUCUGUGCCAAGUAGUGUCACUGUUUCACAGAUUCCAACAUCUUUGUCAUACACGGUUUCUGCCCCUAUGAAACAACGUCCCUCACUACCAACAUCACCAACACACAUGGCUGCCAUGAGAGCAGCCCACCACCAGAAAGCCGCACAGAUUCAUUCACAACAACAGAGUGCCAACAAUAUCUAUGACAAUCCCACAAUUACUGAAAUUCAGCAAAUGUUGGGGCAGCAAUCUCUUAUGCCUGGCUCUCACCAAGUGCCUUAUUCACAUCCCUUUCAGUAUCCCACUCCACCUUCACAACAUAGCCAGCACAGCUCUGAAGCUACUCCACAGCAUUACUUGCAUCCUCCUGAGACUUACCUGACUCCUUCACCAGAAUCCCCUGGUCAGUGGUCAAGUUCCUCUCCACACUCUGCCCAGAGUGACUGGUCAGAGGGUAUGUCAAGCCCAACUGGGCCAAGCAAUAUGCACCACUUAGCAGCUAUUGAGCAGCAUCAGCCACAGCAGAAUACACAUCAGCAACAGGAGGCUGUAUUUAUCUAGUGAACCACGUGUGUAAGCAAUAGAUUUGUGUUCUUUGUGUAUGGAUAUUUGAAUUUAUUGUGAUACUGUGGCCAUAAUAAAAAAUGAUGUGUGGUGGGUGUAUUGCUACAAUGUUGUUCCAGGCUUGUACAAUGAAUUUGAGACUUUUUUUGAAGCAGAAUCAUUGAGAACUUUACUUGACCAACAGGACCUAUGUAUUAGAUAAUGUAUAUUUAUUUAUAUCAGAUGUUUAGAAAGUGCAUUUCUAUAGCAAGUUGGUGGUCGGUAAUUUCCGAUUUGUGUUGUAUUAUUUACUGUUUGCUUCUGACCUGAAAGCAGUUAUUUUUAAUUAAUAUUUUAGUACCUUAAUAAACACUUGUAAAUUUUUUUUUCGGUGUUGAGUUUUUUUACAAUAAACAAACUUAAAUACUUUGCAAAAUAAAAACUUUUAUUCAAACAGUAAUGCAUAUUUUAAAAUAUAAGGAUAAACAUAGUAGUGUGUGUAAUGAUUUUUAAAGCUUUGUCUUUCCAUUUGUAAUAGUAUGAAAGACAUCAAUGCCAUAUAGAAGUGUCAUUGAUUAUAUGUAGUCAUGUGCUUACGAAGUUCAGUAUUUGUUUUAAUAUAUUUUCUUGUGCUUUUUUGUGUUUUUAUGCUUUAAGACAGAUUUAAAUAUUUUAAGUUUAUCAAGAGUCAUGACAUCAAUUCACAUUCAAACAAGUUAAGUUGGUUUUGUUUCCUCAUAUUAAAAUAUGUGUUAAUUAAUAUUAAGUUUAUACAUUGGAGUGAACUACUACCCACAGGGGUUUAAGAUUGCAUUUGACCGUUCUUAUUUGUUCAAGUUUCUUAAAAGUUUGUUUCUUAGGGCUCACACAAUCAUAGAAAUAUCAAUUGAAAACAUUGUUACAGGAUUUAGUUUUUAGACAAUUAAAACAUUGUUACAGGAUUUAGUUUUUGAACAAUUAAAACAUUGUUACAGGAUUAAAGUUUUAGUUAAAACUAAUAUCUAUUGAUAUACAGUAUAAUCUAAUUCUUGUGCCCUUUUUCUGGUGUUUUGAAUUUAGCACAUUAACUUCUUUUAUGGUUAUUUUUUUUUUCUUUAAUUGUUAUUGCACUAAAUGUGUGUGGGUCAUGUGAAAAGACAAAUACUAUAAGUUGCAGUUUAUUAUGAGGCCUUAUUAGUUGUUUGUGUAAUUGCCAAGUGUUUGGUUAAGUGUGAAGAAACAUUGAUGCUAAAUUGGUGCUUAUGACAUAUUGAGUAGAAACUUUAUUUAAUAGAGAAUUGUAUAUUUUUACAUGACAACAUUCUUGUUAUCUGUUAGGGAAGAAGGUUCUUCCUAUUAACUUGUGAGCUGUUAUAGCAGAAUCAUAUAAAAGAAAGGAUCAGGUUGACAUCAGAAUUUCCUGGAUAAUGAUUUAUGAAUAUAAAAUAGGAAUGAAACAUUUCAAUACUCACUUUGUAUUAAGGAAUUCUGACAAAAACGUUUUAGUAGAAAUAUUGAAUACAGUAAUAAAAUAUUCAGCUUGUAUCAAAAAACAAAUUUUAUAAAAAAAAAAAAUAAUUUUUAUGCCUUUUAUUUUGAUCUCUCACUAUUAAUAUUCUGGUUCUGCAAGUUCAGAUCUCAAGUUUCUUUUUAAAAAUUUAGAAUAUUUUAUAAAUUGAAAGCAUUUCCAGUAGCUUGGAUCUCAACUUUAAUAAAUGUUGUAAUUUUGUUGUAAAAUUUAUUUUUCACGGACAUGAAAGUUUUUGUUUUUAACAUGAUUUCAGUAAAGUUGCAGUUAAGCUUUUGAAGAAAAAUGAUUACCAACCAUGCAUAUAUUAACAAGUUUUAUUUGUAUCAAUGUUCUACUGAGUUAUUACCUUUAUAUACACACACACAUACAUACAUACAUAUUGGGGAAGUUUAAAAUUUGUAACUCCUCUCUCCUACUGUAAGUUUUUAUUUGAUGAGAAAGUCGAAAUCCUUCAAUCAGUAUUGCAAUUUAUAAAGUGUUGUACAAAAAAUGACUGAAUAUGAGGAUUCUAUGUGCAAAUAAUGUAAUAAAAAGUAGAGGCUAGUUAGGCCUAGUGUAAAUAGUAUUUCUCUCUCUCUCUUUCUUUUUAAGGUGCAAUGAAAGGGUAUUAAAAACUGGAUUUGAAAUCAAAAUUGUCUAACUAAGCCCAUCUGGAAAGAACAAAAUGUAUGAAGAGCUGGUUUCAGAAUCCAAAAUGUUUAUCUACAGCUGUUCAUGUUUUCCAGACAUUUUAACGUAAAAUGUUUAGGUUAAAUAUUUUCUUUGAGCAAAUAAUUGCUUAUUUUAUAGAAAAUGAUAUAUUCAGCGUUCAUAAGUAUAGUAUGCAUUUUGAUCAAAGAACUGAAUCGAUAGGUAUGGUUUGAUGAAACGUUUUGCAUUUAUUUAAAACAAUAUCGUACAAAAAAGAUUUACCUUAUAUAGUAUUUUAGAGUGUACAUUUGAUAACUUAUAGAAAGUAGCCUAAACCUUAAAUAAAUGUGUUUAUACUGUAUAAACAUGCACGUACAUACGAUGGUAUGAUGUAAUAAGUGCUUUCUGAAGAAUAUUAACAAGUAUGACAUUGAUCCACAAGACAAAGCAGCAUUUUACACCACCGCAUUGUUGGAUUGCUUUCCUUUCGGAAACUUUCAGAUUUUGUGUAAAAAAUCUCUGUAGAUCGCUUUAAUAGUUUCGUGUUUUAAACCAUCAUUUGCCUGCAGAACAUCUAUUUUAACAUUAUCUUGUUUACCCACAGCUUUGUAACAUGUACGUUUGGAAAUCUCCGUCCUUUCAUGACUGCUAUAUAUGAGGAACACUGUGUAAAGUUGUAGAAAAAGAAGCUUCAUAAACUGUUGUAAACUAUGAAUAGUAUGUUCCAGGGUGUGGUUUUAUAACUGGUAUGGGGAACAUUGUGUAAAGUUGUAGAAAAAGAAGCUUUAUAAAUUGUUUUUAAAUUGUGAAUACUGUGUUCUAGGGUAUGGUUUUAUAAAGGUUAUUGUUGUAUGUUUGUAAGAAACAAACUAUUUUUGUACAAGGUUUUUAGGAUCUAGUUUUUUAUUCAAAUAAAAGUAGAUUUAUUCAACUUGUA